AUGGAGUUUAAAGUAGAUGAAGCCUCCUAUCAAUACCUAAAACCGAGCAAAUCCACAAGGCGUGCUCAAUAUCCAUCAGGUUUAAGGCAAGAUUCAAACUUGACAAUUCCUAUUCUGCCAGCAGAACUCGUUACUGAAAUCCUCUCAAGGCUUCCUGUGAAACCCCUCUUGCGAUUCACGCGUGUUUCAAAAUCUUGGCUUGCUUUAAUUUCUGGUGAUAAAUUUAUAAAGGCCCAUCUUAACUUAUCAGCUAAUAACAAGGACUACAUCGACCGUAAGGUUAUUAUGAGUUCCUACCCUCAGAAUAUAUACAAUCUUAAAGAAUGUACUCUUAGGUCUUUAUUUUAUGAUUCUGUUACCAAGGCUUUUGACUUGGAUUGUCCCAUAAAAUCAUAUGAAAGAAGUCUUUCUUUUGUAGGUUCUGUCAAUGGGUUGAUUUGUCUCCGCAUUCAGAACAAUGACUAUUUUAUAUGGAAUCCAUCAAUCAGAAAGUAUAAGAAAUUGCCUAAUCCUAGACCUGCGAAGCUGGUUGCUUACCCACGUGUAUAUGGUUUUGGAUACGAUGAGCUCGAUGAUGAUUAUAAGGUAGUAGUUAGGUUUUAUCAGUAUCCAAAGAAUACUGGUUUCGAGGUCAUAUAUAGUCUAAAGAGUAAUUCUUGGAGAAGUGGGGAUAAUGGUGGCUGUGUGCGAGCAAAUGGUCGAGGGAUGUUUGUGAAUGGGAAACUUCAUUGGACUACAGAUGCUGAUUUUUACAAUCGUAACAGCAAGAACAUCAUUUCUUUUGAUUUGGCUGAUGAGAAAUGGGAAAUGGUGGAGGGGCCUUGCUAUGGAGAAGGAACCGAUUUUUUGGAGGUGGGAGUGUUGAAUAGUGAUCUAUCUGUCAUUGAAUAUAGGAGACCUAAUAUAGAUCUUUGGGUUAUGACGGAGUAUGGGGUUAAAGAAUCUUGGAUGAAAAUAUUGUCCAUCGAAAGGAGGACAGCUGCUAUGGCAAUGGAAAUAGCUAUUCGGAGGCUUUCAUCUACAGUUGACAAACCCAUUAAGCGUCUCUACAAUGGUGGCUCUCUAUAUUACAUGAAUCAGGGAAGACUGAUUUUGAGGUUUCUAUGGCAUCUCGAGCCUGGCCUCGACAGGCUCGAAGCACAGUCCGGGGCUCGUCCCCGAAGCACUCGCCUCGAGAGGCUCCUUAGGUCUAAAUUAUGUCAAAAGUGUGUCCAAUCUCUUAAAAUACUGUUUUUCCGUGUAUAUAUACCAAGUAGGGUUUUUCCAGCUAUUUGUUGCAGAGAUUUUGUUCAACGCGAUCGCGGGGGUGAUGUCGUGAUCGCGUAUAAGCAACUGGAGAGAUAA